CGGAUGUGUCCUGCUGUAUCUUUUUCAUUUUGAGCCUUGCUGAUAUACGCGACCAGUCCCAGGUCCAAAUGACCUCUUUUCAUGGGGUGCCGUUGUAUUUUGUAUAGUCUGAUGACAAGGCUCGUAAAUGGCUUACUCGAGAAGCUGCGAGUCAUGAGGAACUGCUUCGUAUGCUGCCUUCUUGGUGGAUCGCUUUACAACAACAUAGACUGUUUUAGCACAUACAAUAUAACAACGACACAAAAUAGCAAAAGUGCUUAUCACAGCAAUGGAAUAGAUGUUCUGCUUGGCAAUAGAUUAUUAUAUGAGACAGAAGCAUAUAGUGAUAGUCUUAAUAACAAGCAACUAUGCUGGGUAUAUAUGAUUAAGCUUGUCUCUCCGGAGCUUUCAGAGUCGCACUAUUUAAGAAACCAGACAUGUCAGGACGAAAAGCAUGGAAUUCUUUAGGACCCUACAUUCGUGGGCAAUUUCAAACGUCAAUCUCACGAGCACGACCCAUCAUCAAUCCAAGCACCGGCAAAUCAACAAGUGACUACGUCGUCACGGAAGCAACAGUCGACCACGUGAAGGAAGCGCUAGUCAGUGCUCGCCAGGCACAAGCAAGUUGGCAAUCGACAAGCGGUAGCGAACGACGCGAUGCACUUUUAGGCUGGGCCGAUGCACUUGCACGUAAUCGGGAUGCAAUGACUGAUCUUGAACGAUUGCAAACGGGCAAACCACGCGAGGAUGCCGAAUACGAAAUAAACGACACGAUCGAAUGUAUGCGAUACUUUGCUGGCUAUGCCGACAAGCUUUUUGGUCACUCGAUGGUGGACAACACCUUGCACUCGAUCACACUGCGCGAGCCUUAUGGCGUCGUGGGACUGGUAGUCUCGUUCAAUUACCCACUGAUGCUCGCAGGAUGGAAACUAUCACCAGCGCUGGCCGCUGGCAAUUGUGUCGUGCUCAAACCAGCACCGCAGACUCCAUUGACUGCUUUGGCACUUGCUGACUUGGCCACGGAUAUUUUACCUCCAGGUGUGCUUAGCGUACUUCCCGGAGACGCCGAGGUUGGUCGAGCUGUGAUGGACGGCGUAGACAAGGCAAGCUUCACCGGAUCCACCCGUGCAGGACAAGCGAUUAUGCAGCAGCAGGCACAACGGCUCACGCCUUUGACCCUGGAAUGCGGUGGCAAAAAUCCAGUCAUCGUGCUCAAAGACGCCGAUAUCCAAGAAGCAGCAGGACACGUAGCCCUUGGAGCUUUCUCUAACGCUGGACAGAAUUGUUGUGCCGUUUCUCGCGUGCUUAUCGAACGAUCUAUUCACGAUGCAUUUGUCGACGCAGUGAUACAGGAAAUGGAUCGGGCUGUCUACGGCCCUCUAAUCGAUCAAAACCAAUACAACCGUGUGCAAGACUACCUUCAACAACAAAAACCAGCCCAUGUUGGCACAGCCCCAUCAACGCAGCAAACAAUUGGGGGUGGAUUCUUUGUUCCUGCGACACUAUUCACGGACGUACCGGAUGAUGCACCAUUGGCGACUGAGGAGAUUUUUGGUCCAGUGCUGAGUGUCCUGGAACCCUUUGACGACAUUGAUUCGGCAAUUCAACGCGCCAAUAAGUCGCCAUAUGGUCUAGCUGCGGGUGUGUUUGGAAAGAAUCAACGGCAGACACAUCAUGUCGCUUCCAAGUUGCGCACAGGAUAUGUCUGGGUCAACACUUACAACAUCAUGCCUCCGUACAACCCAUUUGGUGGUCGUAAAUUGUCGGGCAUUGGAAACGACCUUGGCCAAGCUGCUUUGGAUGAAUUUACAUUUGUAAAAAGUGUUGUUACUGGCUUAUAAUGAUGU